AUGGGCAGUGCUUCUGGUGUUGUUGGUCCAACAAUGGUGGUUCACAGUUAUGCAAGAAUUCCUGCAGACAUCGCAGACAGCACACCUCCUGAUUGGGCACUAGGUAAAUCAGAGUCAGGAUGGAUGACAGGAGAACUCUUUUAUGAGUACAUAACCAAUAUCUUCCAUCCUUGGCUUGACAAUAACAACAUAUCAAGACCUGUCAUACUCUUCAUUGAUGGGCACACUUCUCAUCUCACACUCCACACUAGUCAAUUCUGUGCCGACAAUAACAUUAUUCUUGUAUCUCUGCUUCCCAAUGCUACUCACUUGUUGCAGCCAAUGGACGUAGCCGUUUUCAGAACCUUGAAAUCUGGGUGGAAAGAAGCUGUUAAAAACUGGAGAACUGAAAACAUGAGUAACCCUGUUCUCAAAAAGAGGCAUUUCAGUCCUUUGCUGAAAAAAUGCAUUGAUGACAGAGUGAGGGGUGAAGUUUUACAGAAUGGAUUUAGAAAACGUGGACUUCAUCCUUGGGAUGCUAGUGCUGUUGAUUAUUCAAAGAUCGAGAAGGCUAAAAUUACAACAAAUCAACAAAGAGAAACUUAG